UAUUCCCUAUUCCAUGUCUUCUAUUAAAACCCAACCAUGAUACCUUAUUCUCUCCGGUCUCAUCUGUUCUAGAUACACUCUCUCUCUCUCUCUCUCUCUCACAUUAAUGGAAGGUACAGACGAGGAGGAGCUUUUGAGUCUUCGUCUUGCAAUUGUGACAGACUCAGGAUGUGAAAGGAAAAGAAAAAGGAAGACAAAAGAAGCAUUCAACUUCAACACUUUGGAUUCAAGUGAAGGAUGUGAAGGAAAGAUCUAUGGACUCCUUCAAAUGAGGGAACAAAUGUUGAAGCUACUAGAUCAAAAGAGAAAAGCAGUGGUUGAUGAAGAUGGAAAAGGGCUUCAUUUGAUCCACUUGCUCCUCAUCUCAGCAAGCUCCAUUGAUGAGAACAACCUUGAAUUGGCUGUCGAAAAUCUAAGCGAAUUGUACCAAAAUGUGUCCCUAAACGGAGACUCAGUCCAACGUGUGGCGGCCCAUUUUGCAGAUGGAUUGGUUGCAAGACUUUUAACAAGAAAAUCGCCAUUCUAUGACAUGAUCAUGAAGGAACCAACUCCUGAGGAAGAGUUCAUGGCAUUCACCGAGCUCUAUCGUGUCUCUCCCUGUUUUCAAUUUGCUCAUUUCACCGCCAACCAGGCCAUAAUCGAGGCAUUUGAGAAGGACGAAGACAACAAUAACAGCUCUUUACAUGUCAUUGAUUUUGACGUGUCGUAUGGCUUUCAAUGGCCUUCUCUGAUUCAAUCUCUUUCAGAAAAGGCCACAGGCGCUAACCGAAUAUCAUUGCGAAUAACGGGUUUUGGAAGGAGCUAUGAGGAGCUUCAAGAAACAGAGACAAGGCUAGUGAGCUUCGCAAAGGGCUUUCGUAACUUGGUUUUUGAAUUCCAAGGUUUGUUGAGAGGUUCUAAACUCAUAAACCUAAGGAAAAGAAAGAACGAAACAGUCGCGGUGAAUUUAGUCUUUCAUUUGAAUACUUUGAAUAGUUUUAUGAAGAUCUCUGAGACUUUGAGAUCUGUACAUUCACUUAAACCCUCCAUUGUAGUCCUGGUGGAAGAAGAAGGCAGUCGAACCCCUAGAAGCUUCUUAUCAAGAUUCAUGGAGUCUCUUCAUUAUUUUGCAGCCAUGUUUGACUCAUUAGAUGAUUGUCUCCCACUUGAUAGCUCAGAGAGGUUGAGCAUUGAGAAGAACCAUUUGGGUAAAGAGAUCAAGAAAGUGAUGAACUACGAAAAGGACGACACAAGUUGUCCAAGGUAUGAGAAGAUGGAGACAUGGAAAGGAAGAAUGGAGGGUCAUGGAUUUGCAGGACUAAAACUGAGUUCAAAAUCAAUGAUUCAAGCCAAACUUCUUCUGAAAAUUAGAACCCAUUAUUGCCCAAUUCAAUUGGAAGGAGAAAUCCAUGGUGGGUUCAGAGUUUUUGAUAGAGAUGAUGAGAGAGCUAUCUCUUUGGGGUGGCAAGAUAGGUGUCUGAUAACAGCCUCUGCAUGGCAGUGUGUAUGAAACUACAUCAAUAUGAUAUGAUAGACAUUAUUCUUUUUUACAAAUUCUUCAUUUUUGGUUGGAAUAGUAUUGAAGAACUAUUUUACCAUAGUCAAAUAAUAGAAUCUAAUAGCUAG